AUGGCUGCGCUUGUGCACCUGCCAGACCAAUUCGUCACACUGCCCUUCCGACGUGGAAAAGACGAAGUGCCGGAUUGGGAAUUGUGUCUUAAAUUCAUCAGCGUGAAUCACUCAAGCAACAACACAAGUGCCGUUGAGGCGACGUUGAAGCGGAUGAAUACCCUUCACAAAACAAUCGUGCAGACUUUUCGCACAGAUACCAAAGCCCCACCAACUGAAACGUUCAUUGAGCAUACAUUAAAGCCAUAUUGUCAGCUUGUGGCGAUGGCGCAGGCGCAUCUUCCGUUGCAUGGGGCGCAAGUGCAUAAGAACAUGACUUUUGUGUGGCGGGAUAGUUUUGAUGAUAAUCAGAAGAACGAAUCAAUGAAUGGCAAUCUUGAAUUGAUUAGUUGCAUCUAUAACCUCGCCGCAUCCUGGGCAUACGUUGGGGCACAUCAAGCGCAGACCGGGACGGUGGGAGAUGUAAAGAGUGCCUUCAAGAGUUUUCAGAAUGCGGCAGGGUACUAUGAAAUGGUGGAAAAUCUUCUGAAGCGACUUCCACCAGAGCAUAUCAAGGGCGACUUAACGUCGGAAGCACUGAAUUUGCUUCGUCGAAUGUGUCUUGUGAUGGCGCAUCAUUCCGCGUACCUGAAGGCAGAAAAUGACAUGAAGGGAAAUCAUUCCAUGCUGGCCAAAAUUGCGCGGGAAGGUGGAAGGCAGUAUGAGGAGGUGGCAAGUUCCAUUAAAUCAAGUGCGUGGUAUACAGGGAGCAAACGGAAUUCUUCAGUGGUACUUAUUGAACAGUUGUUUUCAACGAUGGGGACGGUGUUUUAUGCGCGUUCUCAUCUGCAUCUUGCCACAUCGAUGGCCGAUACAGAAUGCAUUGGCACCGCAAUCGCACAUUUUGAGAAGGCGAAGAGCUAUUUGACGGACAUACCAAAAUUAUCCACAAAUGAGCUCCGCAACUGGAUCAACGGCAUCAUUGCCAAUGUAAACAAGGAGCAUGAGAAGGCAAUUGCAGCAAAUGAGUCGGUAUACUUUAUGCGCGUGCCGAAGGAAGUGGAGGCACCGAGUGGUCUUCCUCGUCCUCUUGGAAAGGCCACAGAACACCCGGGUUUUACGACUUUCCAGUCAAAGCGUGGUGAAGACCCAUUUUUUGGCAUUGUUCCGGCGCAUAUUGCUUCCAUCGCCUCAAAAUGGCGUGAAAAGGAACGUAAUCUCGUCUCUGUUUGUUAUAAAUCCUGCGUAUCCACGCGUAAUAAGCUCAACGAACGAUGGCAAGCGCUUGGUGUGACAGCGAUAAUUGAGAUUUUGUCGGGUGAAUCCAAGAGCCGUGGACAAGUUCCAAGGCAGCUUCGUGAGAAGAUUCAAUCCCUUCACAAGAGUGAUGAAGGCAUGACAGUAAGUCUUGUGGAAUCGUUGGUAUCCAGUGUGAAAACAUGUGAAGAACUUUGGGUUGCUGCCAGGGGGAAAUUGGAGCAGGUGAAUUCAGAACUGGAGGCGGAACGCAAGGAAGAUGAGGCCUAUGUGACUGCAUAUGGAGAGCGCAUGUGGCGCAGCGUGCGUCGUCCUUCAAAUGAAGUUGCAGAGUACAUUUCUAUUAGGGCAGCACUUCAGGAGCAUGAGAAGGGGAUUCAGCAAUGGUUUGUGGAUCCAUUCACAAAGGCCAAAACGUUGCUGGAGGGAAGCCUCCGCAAUCUUGCGCGACUGGACUGGCCAAUGGCAGACUUGGAUGCCCUUAUGCCGUUUGUGGAAACAAAAGAGGCCCGAAAACAGAGUGAAAGGGUUCUUGAGCAAUUGGAGGUGCUUAAGAAUUUGACUAAACGUAAACGUACAACAGAAGAAACGCAGGACCUUCGACUGCGAGAAUUGAAUGAACUUAUUGAGUCAGAUGAUGUGACGUUUGGUCUUUCAGCUGUAGAGGCUAGUCAGCGCAGUGCUGUCUUGGAUGGGGCGGCCCAAAAAAUCAGUGAUGCCAUCGAGCGUGCCAAUGAGACAAUGAGAGAGGAAGAACAAAUCAUGGCAGAGGUGGAGCAGGUUGUGAACAGUAUUGGUGUUCUUCAGAGCUCAGAUCCCAUGGUGGCGGAAGUACAGAAGGUGUGUAAUGGAUUGGAGAACGCCUGCUCUGUUUACACGGACCUCCGUCAGGAGUUUAGGGACAUCAUGCGAUACGCGUCCUCCAUGUUGGACGGGCUGGAGUCUACCCUUUCCAGUGCCAGGUCCCUCACGGUGUGUCGCAAGUUGGAGGCGGAAAGUCUACGGGCGACGCUCGACGCACAAAUUGCGCAAAAGAUUUCGGAGAUGCAACAAAGUAAAGAAAGCAUGGAUGCCAUUAAUGAGUCACGGCGGCGUCAAGAUGAACUCCGUGGUCAGAUUGCAUUACUCGAACAGCAACAACAACAGUCUGAACCACAACGAGCGGAACGCAUGGCGGAAAUAUUGCGUCGGCAGCGCGAAAUGGCGGCAGCCUUUGACGCUCCUCCAUCUGCACCACCAUCGGAUUCUGCGGGUGUGGACGCACCGCCCAGCUACGAUUCGGUCAUGGGUGGACCCCGUUAUUCACCACCUCCACCUCCGUAUUAUAAUCCCUUGUAA